UGUGUAAUCAUAAAAUUGCGAAUAACAGAACAAUCUAUUAAAGUAGAAUCCCCCUUUUACCGUUGAAUUGAAUGACACUCUCAUCUCCAAUACCCAGAACCCAUCUCAGCCGUCCGAUUCCACAAGAAAUUGGCGGGUCCCAUGUUAUGGUGGACCCUCACUCAGUACAAGCAAUUCCAAAGACUCAUCCAGACCGUCCAUUUCACGGUUUGACUUUGAGUCCACCCUAAGGGAUUAGGAUUCUUCAAGAGUCGUUUUGUUUUGUAAUUGGUCUUCUUUCUCAGUCUUGCAUUGAUCAAUCUUUGAUCUGGGUCUUUGUUAUUAUACUGGUUUUCCUUUGUUCUUCAAUUUGUGUUUAUUGUUGAACCUGUUGAGUUCUAGUCUUUUCUUUCAAUUGGGUUUUUUUCUCUGUGAGUAAUUUUUACAAACACCCAUUCACAUCUUGCUGAUUCUUGAUGAAUUUGGAUCUGGGUUUGGGUUUUCGUUCUUGUUCUAUCUGUUUUUAAUCCUCUUCUUGCGAUGCAGGCUUGUAGGUAAGACCUUUCUUGUUUCUUUGACUUGGGUUCUGUGGCCAUUGGUCUUCCAAACCUUCUAUGGGAAAAUUUUCCCAUUCCUAGAUGGAUCCUAAUCUGGAGUUGUGUUACAAUUCUGGUUUGUUUUGCUAAUAUACAUGUAUUGAUAUGUCUGGUUGUUGAAUUUGGGUAUGUUUGUUGAUUUUGUGAAUUUGGGUUGAGAGAGUGGUAAUCUCUGGAGAUGAUUGGUUCAAGCAUGAACUUGAUUACAACAGUUAUUGGGUUUGGGAUGAGUGCCACUUUUAUUGUGUUUGUCUGCGCCAGACUAAUCUGUGGGAGGCUUCGCCGGGUGAAUUCAAGGCAGAUGUUUGAGAUUGAGUCAAGGAUUGAUCUUGAACAGCCAGAGCAUCAGAAUACUGGCCUUGAACCAGUUGUUGUUGCUGCAAUUCCCACAAUGAAGUUUAACCAUGAGGCUUUCAGUUCCAUGGGAGAUGCACAGUGCACAAUAUGUUUGGGAGAGUACCAAGAGAAGGAAGUAUUGCGAAUCAUGCCCCAAUGCGGCCACAAUUUCCACCUCUCUUGCAUCGAUGUAUGGCUAAGAAAGCAGUCAACCUGUCCAGUUUGCCGGUUGCCCUUACAGGACUCCUUCGAAACAAAGCACGCAAGACUAGCACCACUUGCUAUGCCUCGGCCUGUUGAUAGGCCCGAGAUUUUGAUCAAUCAUUCUCAGCAAUGGCACAAUGAAUCCGCAAGUGAAAACCAGCCCGGAGAAGCAGAAAUUAGAUAAUAUAACAGAAGCAAAGCAGAAAUUCUCUUCCGAAGCCAAUUGUGUGGCUUUGCUCAUGAUGUCUAGACUUCUGAUGUGGAGGAGUUCAGUCAUGAUGCUCAACUAUUGAAAUCGAUCCCUUUUUUUUUUUUUUUUUUUUUUUUUUUUUUUUUUUAAGUUGAGAAAGUUGGAUGAUGAGAUUGGUAUAUAUACUAGUUGUCCUUGUGAUAUAUAUUUUUUUAUUUUUUAUUUUUAAAAUUUUGAUUGCAAAAUCAUUUAUUUACCAUUAGAGUUUCAGUAAAAACAAUUUAUAAUAAGCUGAAAAAAAA